CAUGUCGUCGUGAUCUCACUGCUUGCGACGUUGGCGGAGAAGCAGAAAACUAAACGAUCCGCAAUUACAUAUAUAAGGCUCUUCCGUUCACCUUCUGAUCCGUAUCAGUAAACCAUCUGCUUUGUCAAGCUUAAUAGUGGCCAGAGGUUGCAAAAAGAGCGAUCAGUCACGAGUUACUAGUAAGCAGAGGCUGCAGGCUGUACUGCGUGAUCCAUUGCAUUGCGAGUUGGAGAAGCGGCGAUGGCGGAGCGGCGGAGCAAUGGCGGCUUCGCGUCCCAAAGCAGCCAUUUGGCGGCGAUGAUGAGAGGAAGCUACGCGCCCCAGAGCCUCUGGCGCCCGUCGUCGACGUCGAUGCCGAUGCCGGUCGGUGGUGCAGCGGUUGUGGCCUCGGCGCCCGCCGAGAAGAACAAGAAGAGCUUCGCCGCCGACUUCCUGCUGGGCGGGGUGUCGUCGUCGGUGUCCAAGACGGUGGCGGCGCCGAUCGAGCGCGUGAAGAUGCUGCUGCAGAACCAGGACGAGCUGAUCCGCACCGGCAGGCUGUCGGAGCCGUACAGGGGCAUCGGCGACUGCUUCGGCCGCACCGUCCGGGACGAGGGCGUCCUGUCGCUGUGGCGCGGCAACACCACCAACGUCAUCCGCUACUUCCCCACGCAGGCGCUCAACUUCGCGUUCAAGGACUACUUCAAGUCCCUCUUCAACUUCAACCGGGACAGGGACGGGUACUGGCGGUGGUUCGCCGGGAACAUCGUCUCGGGGAGCGCCGCCGGGGCCACGUCGCUGCUCUUCGUCUACUCCCUCGACUACGCCAGGACGCGUCUCACCAACGACUACAAGGCGGCGGCGGCCAUGGGCAAGGGCGGCGAGAGGCAGUUCACGGGGCUCGUCGACGUCUACCGGAAGACGCUCCGGUCCGAUGGCGUCGCCGGGCUGUACCGAGGGUUCAACGUCUCGGUGGUCGGGAUCGUCGUCUACCGGGGCCUCUACUUCGGCAUGUACGACUCCUUCAAGCCGGUGCUGCUCACGGGGAAGCUGCAGGACAACUUCUUCGCGAGCUUGGCGCUCGGCUGGAUGAUCACCAAUGGCGCCAACCUCGCCUCGUACCCGCUCGACACUGUCCGGAGAAGGAUGAUGAUGACCUCGGGGGAGGCCGUCAAGUACAAGAGCUCCAUGGACGCCUUCGCCCAGAUCGUCAGGAACGAGGGACCCAGGUCGCUCUUCAAAGGCGCCGGCGCCAACGUCCUACGCGCCAUCGCCGGCGCUGGCGCGCUUGCCGGCUACGACCAGCUGCAGCUCAUCUUCUUCGGCAAGAAGUACGGCUCAGGUGGCGCCUAAACGCUAAACAGGGAGGGAUUUCAGUAAAACUCUAUUAUUAGAUGGAUGAUGACGAAAAGGGCAUUUGAUUCCUAAAAUGUCGUUCUUUUUACAGAUUCAGAUAUUUGUACAGCUCUAAAUUCACAAUAAGCAUCAUUCAGAAUGCUUCCAUUUGUUCUUUCUGAUUGAUUUCUUAAAAUCUGUUUGUAAGCUUGCAGUGAUGUAAUAAGUACUGUCAGAAAAUAAAUAAAGAGGGAACUCAAGUUGCCUGCAAGUGUUCACCGUUAUCAACUUUACAGUGGCCUCAGAGAACUAUAUGCGAACAGAAUUCAGAGGAACUAACUCUUAUCACCACAAAGCCAACCUGCCAAACAGAGUGGCUGUUCUAUGCUACAG